CGGUGCGAACCACACUGCUGCCACAGUAACAUGGCGGUCUGUUGUAAGCAAAAUGUGGCUUUCAGUUUCAUGAACCGAAGGAAACAACGCGGGAGAUGUUUGUAGUUCAACUUAUGUGAAAGAAAGCCGGCAGGAUUCACAUGUCGGUCUGGUAUCUGGGGCUCCGGUGAUCUUCCACUUUGUCGCUGCCGGUAGAGGAGUUUGGGAUUCGAUCCCGGGUGGACGGAGUCCAGCUUCCCGUUUUCGGUACGAGGUCUCUCAGCCUUCGCCACCGGGGAAGAAGCCGUGGAGUUACACAGGCAGCAAAAUCAGAGUGAGGAGGAACUUUCCUUACACAUGAGGAGGCGUCUCACAAGACAACCAGCAGCAGAAACCCAGAGCUGAUGGAUCCCACUGCCUCUGGACAAGAAAAAGAGCAAAGUAGGUAUUUACCGCCCAGCUCAAAAGGACGACAACGGAAGAAAAAUCCCAAGUAUGUCGAUUAUGAAACUGAUGACGUACCUGAUGUAAAGCAAAAAACACCUAGAAAGAGGUCACGAGGAGAAAGAGGAGCUUCUCCAAAAACACCACCAAAGAGGAGAAAAGCUACAACUGCCACUCAACAGACUCCAGAUGAGGAAAAAGAAGCAACAGACAAAACACCUCCAGAGGUAGUUGAAGAGCCUGAAGCAGAGACGCCUAAAAAACAAGCUAAACCUCGGAAAACACCGUCAAAAAAGACGCCUGCUAAAAAAACUCCUGCCAGAAAAACUCCGGCCAGAAAAACUCCUGUCACCGAUGGAGACCUCACAUCUGGAGAGGUUGUAGUUCAGGAUAGUGUGCAGCAAGAAAAUGGGGCGCCGAAACCAAAGAGAAAAUAUGUCAGGAGGAAGCCUGUACAGAAUGUGGAACCGGUUAGAGAUCCACCAAGUGAGAACAACACAGAAGAACCUGAGGAGGUCGAAUCAGGUGGCCGACGCCGGAGAGGAGCUGCCAAAGCGGCGCUGAAGUACCUCCAUAUUUUGGCUAAAGAGGUCCUUAGUCACCCCAGCGAUGAGCCCAACCCCCAGCCAUCUGCCGACCGUGAAGACUCCAACACAGAGCAGAAAAGUUCCAAAGGACACAAAGGGCGUCGAGGCAGGAAGAGGAUACAUCAUGACAGUGAUGCUGCAGAAGAUGAAGACUUUGUUCCAGAUAUUGAAGAAGAAGAAGAGGAGAUUGAAGAAGAAGCAGAAGAGUCAGGUUCAGACUCAGACCUGGACCUGGGAACAAGUAGAAGAAAUCCAGCAGUUUUUUGGGACAAAAACGAUAUGUGCUCGUAUCCCAUACCUCUGAACGGACUCACCAUCGGCAUCAUGAAGCCUGUCUGGGACUUCACCGAGGCGACCAAGAAGUUCCGUGAAGAGCACUACACCAGCUGGGUGUUUCCAGAGUGGGUUCCCUCCACCAGCAACUGGGACCCUGUGCCACAAAGUGAUCUGGAAACAUACCUGCCUCAGGAGGUUCGCUCAGCUGCUUUCAGAGUGUCCAGAGAAAGAUGUAAGGAGAAAGAGAUGCCUCUGCAAAGACUCAGCAGGUUUGAGGCACUGCCACCCCACCCAGAACGUUGGGACAUGUUGCUGUAUGCAGGCGGACCGGUCUGGGCCCUGGAGUGGUGUCCGACACCCGAUGGUGCUAUUGCAACGCAGUACAUUGCUCUGGCCUGCCAUCGAGGGAUGGAUGACCUGCACUACGCUAGCAAGACUUGUACAGGUUCUGGACUUGUUCAGCUGUGGGACGUGAGCAAAUUGGAAUACGACAGCAGCCCGGACUCCCAGCCUGUCCUGGCCUACGGUUUAGCCCAGGACAAUGGCGUCGUAUGGCAUUUGAAGUGGUGUCCUGCAGGAGGCUGGGAGCUUCCAAACUGUGACAGAAAGGCUCCUUUCCUGCCCAGACUGGGCCUUCUGGCUGUAGCCACCUCCAACUCUUUGGUCACCAUUUACAGCCUGCCCCACCCGGAUGCUCUGCACUCCAGCCAGAAGCUAGCUAACUCAGGAGCAGACAGCGAAAAACCAAGAAUAUACAAGGCACAAGGAGUACUAACUUUGAGGCUGGGUUCCUUCAAAGCUCCUCGCCAUGAAAUGAGUGGACUAGUCAUGUCUAUGGAUUGGCUGCCUCAAAAGCCGUACAAUAUAAUGGCUGUUGGAUUCUAUGAUGGUAUAGUAGGUCUAUGGGAUCUGUCAACGAAGUCUGCGCUGUUGCGAGUGCGAGAAUCGGAUAGGUCACUGAGUUUGUUGCCGUAUCGAUGCCUACUUGCUCAUGACCAUGCAGUCAGAGCCCUGGCCUUCUGUCCUGCCUCCAGGCACUUGUUGGUGACAGCGGGUGAAGAUCGUUACGUGAAGAUGUGGGAUCUGAGGAGGCUCGUCAAUCCCAUCACUGUCCAGAAACGCCACAUUACCAAUGAAAUCUACUGGCCUUUGAACGCACCGGGGUUCCUGCCGGCCCAGGAGAGUGCCUAUGUUACGAAAGGUGUACAUGGAGUCCACUACAUCGACCACAACAUGCGCUCCUUCUUGACAAUUCCUCGGACUGCCACUCUGUGGUCCAUACAUUACAGUGACUGGUUAAACGGUGUGUUGACAUCAGACUGCAAUGGAGACGUGAUUUUCUCAAUGUUACCUCAGAUCAGCUACACUCUUCCCUACCUCAAACGCUCAAUAGAGAGACGAUUCCCUGUUUACCUCACAUCUGUGGUGCCUUGUGAUGAAACUGAAGAAGAAAGUCAGACGGCAACAGCGGCAGAGGAGGAGGAAGCUGAUGUUGAAGUAGUAGGAGAGACAGAAGAAGCAAAUGCUGCUCCUGAAGGAGGAAAUGAAAACAAUAAUGAAAGAGGAAGAGUUAGAAAGGAUAGAGAUCCUGCUGUGCAGUUUCCAACGUAUAAAGAGGCCGCGAAGAACCAUUACCUCCACCACGAAGAUAACGACAUGCGGAGCUUCAAAGGCAGCGAGAAGCGAGCUGUGUGGAAACGCAUGAAAAACACAGAACUGAAAUCAAACAUGAACCUAACCCUGGAUGAGAUGCCUCUGGCUGCACUGCAUAAGGUGCGUUUCAACCCCAACAUGAGCUGCCAUGUCUGGGUUGUGUCCGGCGGCCAGUCAGGGCUGGUCAGACUGAACUGUUUGAGAGGACUGACCGCCCCUCAUGUCAAGAAAAUGGUAGUUGACACCCAGGCCCAGUUCAACACUCUGUAUUCACCUCAAGACCAGAGGGAGGCAGCACCAACAGAGACAGAGCAGCUAUAGCAGGAGCUGGACAGUGUCUCACACUGUCACCAACAGACUGCAGCCGUUAGGCAAAAAACACAGACCUGCAAAAAAACUAGUUCUGAUGAGUGAAAGCAAUAUUCAUUUCUCAUUCUUAUGCAUUUAUAUAUGUUAAAAACUAGCGAUGUCAAGCCACGUCGGUACUUCUAGCUUUAUCUGUCCAGGUUUUGAUGCAUCUGUCUUUGAGACGUUUACCUCCAGAUUAGAACAAAGAUGAAGACCAUUUUAUUUGUGUCUUGAUGUCUAAAAACCUGGCAAGUAAAAUGGCAAAGUAGUAAAGACGUGGCUGGAUAUCACUAGAGGGUUUUAGCAUGUUUCCAGUGUCCGAGAGCCAUUAGUUUAUUUUCUAUUUAGAUUUACCCAUCUUCUCUGUUGUGACAGUGACAGUCUAAUUCUUUGCAUCCGAGAAGCUCCAGCAGCUGGUAGUUGGUGCCUUGUUUGGUUGUUACUGAUCAAAAAUAGAAAUUAUUUUCUCCUGUUGUGUCCGAUAUCUCACAUUUUGUAAACACAGGAUAUGGGUUAGAUGAACAGUUUGUUUUGCGUCUGGUUACAUUUUGAUAAAUAUCCAGAUUUUCUACCACAACAGAGCCUCUGCUACAGACUUCAGAAACAGUGAUUUUGUCCUUUAAGUUACUCUUAGCAAACACUUUCAACAUACCAGCAUGCAAUCAAGUCUGAAAUAGGUUAUUAUCCUUGUAAAUGUGUUGUUGGAUACAAAGUGGGAGACGUAAAGGACUGAUUUGCAAAAUGUGAGAAACUGGAUUGAGCAAAAAAUUAAAACCUAACAUAUUGAAUGUUUUUUUGUUUGCCUUUGCAACGAUGUAAUUUGGAAACAGUAAGACAUUCCAUCAUAAUUUGUAAAUUUAUGUUUUCAGAUUUCUUAACCUUAGUUGCAAGAGUGUUCAAAAGAAAGCUUGGAUAUUCUCUGAGAGUAAAGUGUUCCAUUUUUAAGAAAAAAAAGGCAAAUUUAUGAGAAAAAACACAAAUGUUCCCAAAAAGUUUUAGGAAAACAGUGUUUAUAUUUUGGGUGUUUUUUUUGUCACACCAUCACACCACAGACGCUGCACCUUGUCAUGCGUUCUGCCUGAAAUGGAUCUAAUCAACUUACCCUCUUUAGUCAAAUUUAGCAGUAAUAAAGUACUUGUCAUUUUUAGCCUAAAAUUGCCAUAUUCUGAACACCCACUUUGAGAAGACAUUGCCUUUAAUUAGGCCUAUUGAAAAGGCAACAGUUUGUUGAUUUAGAUGUGGUGAAGACUUUUAAACAUCAGGAACUACAACACAAUCUUUCACCGUGCAUGUGCAGUGCCGGGUUGCAACCUUAUUUUGUGGGUUUCUAAACUUGCAAUGCAGUUCCAACUAUGUGUGACUCUUUCCUCUGAGAAUAUCAAAGUUUUUCUCUUGUAAAGACCCCAAUACGUAGUCAUAUAAUGCAGUUUAUUCUUUCACACUUGAAGAUACACUUCCUUGUUUUGUUAUCAUCAACACAAGCUGGGUCUAAACUCAUUUUUGCUGCUGUUUUUUUUUUAUCCCAUUAAGAGAACUACUCAGGCUAUAAAUUUGCGGAAAUACUUGAAUUUUUUGUAUCUUUGCUGGAUGUAAUGUCGAUUCUUUCCUUACCUGUUGAAUACAUUCUAUUGUUGUUCUCUGACGCUUCAAAUAAUAGUUUUAUUGUUUUGUUUUUUUAACUUUUACCAAUUCAGCGUUGUAGCACAACCGAAUUUAUUUUUCAGUGUCUACAUGGAAAAAAUGGAAAUAAUGACAGGACGAAACCUGUUUCUUUAGACACAUUUUAAGUUCAGUUAAGGGUUUUAAAAAGUACUCUUCUGUUCUAUCCAAAUGUCAUUGACAAUCUCAGUGUCUUCAGCCAUGAACAAACUGAGGUAGGUAUUUAUGAACUUUAAUUCAUGAAUGCAUCAAAAUGUACAUCACAUGCUCUCUUUAGCUGUUUUUGAAACGUUGCGUUUAAUAAAUGUUUUUGCAAUAAAAUAAACCUCAAUCCAAAGCCUUUUUUGAAACACUA